AUGUUCAUCGAUGAGUGUCAGUAUCUGCCGAUCGAAACGGGCAAGACAGAUGACGAACUUGCAGCCUGCAUAGAAGAGAGCAAGAAAAUAGAGAUGCAUUAUGGCCACUUCUUCGACUUUGUUCUAGUUCCACAGGACUUCCAGUCGGGCCUGCAGGAGCUCCGCAAAAUUGCCCUGAAUCUGGAUCGAAGGCCGCAGUGGGUUCCUGCUCACUGGAUACCUCUCGCUAUUGAGGUUGCCGCACAGGCAGCCGAGGAGGCCAAGCGUUCUUCCGCCAACAGCGCCUCUUAA